AUGCGGCGGGCACUUGAGAACGAGUUGAGUGGACUGAGACAGCUUGAUGGGGCACACGGAGGGGCAGCAGGGCGAGCGGGAGACGCUGUGCGAGCGACACGCUUGCCACAGUCCUUUCAGGAGGUGGAGGAGCGGAUGGAGAAUAUUGAGAUGCUGCAGAGGGAUCUCCGUUCUGCACUCCAGAUUGGCCCGACUGAAGCAGAUCAACUCGAUAAGGAAAUCGGAGGAGGCGCAGAGAAAGCAAGAGCGGAGGAAAGUUCAAAAGUGCUUGAGCUGCUAUCGCAUGCGGACAUGGUUCACUACUUGGACGUGACGAGUGGGUGGGAUGAGGACUUGUGCGCGUGCUGCUUUGACCGGGCUGUGAGCCAGCGAGCACGGCGAGCACUCGCCAUGAAGAACCUGGAGGACCUGCGUCGCCACCUGCGCAAGCAGCAGCCUCGUUGCAUCCCCGCAGCCACCCCGGAGCAGCAGCGGCACAACCAGGCCGCUUUUGAGGCGUCUAAAGGGACAGCUCCGCAGGCGCUACAAGAGGGACACAGGAUAUACCCUCAGGCGCAGUUUGGGUCAAAGCCAGAUAGGGCGCCUCGCCUCUGUGCGGAAGCCAUGGUGCUCGAGUGGAUGGCUGAGCCGCGUGUGGGCGUGCUCAUGGACCUGCGGACCAUCAGAUCCCGCCUGCCUGCUAUUCUGCAGAGGGAGAGUGACAGUUUUGCGUCCAUGCUGGUGCAGGUGCUGGGGGUGAAGGAGCGCGCUGAUCUGAAGGAAGGGUUUGGGUUCUUCGUGCAGCAUGUGCUGUCAGGCAGGGUGGAGGAGGCUCAUGCUGAGGGGAGGGGGGGCGCCGGGGGGAUGGCUGCUGAGGAGGGGCAUGAGGAGGGGAGUGGGAGGGGGGAAGCUGAGGCAAAGGCUGCUGAGAAGACGCAUGGAGGGGGGAAGGGCAGAUGCGAGGCAUCACAUGGGAAGGACGAUGGGAGACACGGCGAGGACGAGGCAGGGAGCAAGGUAGCGAUUGACAGGGUUGCUAGCAAGUGCGGGAGGGAUAGCAAGGACUUGAGUUGGAGGGAGCAUCUGAAGGGGCGUGUGUGGGAGAGACCAGAGCACUGGAAGGAUGCAGAGCUGUGCUUCCACGAUGGCAACACUGCGAGCAAGAUGCAGGUCGAGAGUGCAGCCAUUCAGGUGGCCGGGAAGAGGCUGCUGCAGCAGCGCUUGAAGCAGAGAAGAGGGAUGGAUGGAGUAGCAGGAGCAGGUGUACAAAGAGCUUCGCCUGCUCCUGCGACUGCAAGCGCUGAUAUGAAUGCUCGACUCCUGCUUGUCAAUGGGGUCAAGCCUGUCAAUACCAACUCUGUGGUCGCUGCAUUCACCUAUCGGGUUGCUUGCAUUUUGCAGUGGGUCCGAGUCUACGGCUCAGAUUCCACCUCGGAGGAGCAUUGCUUCACUGAGCAAGGCUCUCAUAGCAAUGUCCUGCCCAUGCGCCACCCGCUUCGGGACCUUCCGAGCCUUCUGGUCAGGUUUGGCGCCAUCCCCAGGCCUCUGGAGGGAAGCAACAAUUUGUUGGAGUGGGAGGAGUGGCCUGGGGGCGACGAAGCGGCUGUGAAGUUCCCUGUGAGCCGAAAGGAGAGGUGUUUUGGGCUUGGAAUCGUGGAGUUGCGUGGCGAAGUGGCUAAGAAGCUGACCCAGCACCCUCCUCAGCACACGUGUGAAGCAGGAAAGAGUCGCCGGCGUGCAACGGAAGAAGGAGCCAGGCAGGAAGCUGAAGAGCGCCGAGCGUGUCGAAGCAACGAGCUGAGAGUAGCACUGCCGCCCCCCAGAAGAAAGCUUCCCAUCAUUCGCUGCCAGGCAGAUGUCGAGUUUCUAGUGCAGGUGGCUGGGGCCGUGAUGGACCCUCCUGCAUGCGCGCACUGCAAGCAAUGCUCUGCUGACUUCAUGCAAUACGCGUGCACCGUUGCUCUCAUCGCCAACUUCGCCUACCGCCCCGUGAGCCACCUGUUCUCGCGCGUGCUCUCUGUCUUCCCUCUGUCCUCCCCUGGCCGGGACGAGCUGGUGGACUGCCUGGAGUUCCCUGCUCGCCUGCCCCGCCCGCUGAACCUGCACCUGCUGCUCAGGCGGGCCGAGCAGGUGCCGCUCUACUUCCUCCUGCACAUGGCCAUCUGGUGCGCGCAGCCCCUUCUGCACCGCACUGAGUUCACGGGCUAUGAUGACACCGGGACAGGGCAGGCCGUGGGGUCAGGUGCGAGCAAGGGAGAUGAGAAGAAAGGGGGGAAUGGUGGCAGGGUGGAGGUGCAAGGCCACUGGGACGGUGAGGAGGAUCAGGAGAACGGUGGAGAGGUGUGGGAGGAGGUGCGGAUGUGGUAUUCCGCAGCAAUGGCUGGGUGGAGGUUUAAUGUGGGGGACGAGGGAGAGAGCGAUGAGUGCAGAAAUAGCGGGAAGCGGGCGAGUGUGGAUGAGGACUGCAACAUCAAUUGGAUUCUCAGGCCCUGGCCUGGGGGAGUGAAUCUGGUGGCAUGUCUGCGAGAGAUGCUGCUGGGGGAACCCUGCUACCGCCCUGCCUCCCCUGCUACCCCUCCCACCACUGCCUCCCAUGCUGCCCCUUCCGCACCUCCCGCCCCUUCCACCCCUGCUGCUUCUUCCACGUAUAUUGCUGCAGCCAUGUCUUCUUGUGCUGCCGCCUCUCCCACCCUUGCUGCAACGAGCAUCCGUGCUGCUGCUGCUCUAGGCGUGGAAGGCAGUGAGAGCAGUGCUGUUGUCACACUUGGUUCCGAUCCUGCUGCUAGUGGGGGGCAUAUGUGUGGUGCUGCGGGGUGUGGAAGGGCGGAGGGUGGUGGUGUGAAGCUGAGGAGAUGCAGUGGGUGUGGCAAGGUGGCGUAUUGCAGCAGAGAGUGCCAAAAGGCGCACUGGCCCUCCCACAGGCUCACAUGCCCCGGCAGGACCAGCGGGAAGAACGGUGGGAACGAUGGGGACAGAGAAGGCUGCUAUAGAAUUGGCAAGGCGAGUGGUUGUGAUGGCAGUGGCAGGAUUUGUGAGGAGGGUGGCAGGAUGAAUAGCGAGGUUAGUUCCACAGAGAGGCGCAUGCACAGUGCUGGGCACUGUGAGAGUUGUGAAGAAGGUGGCAAGGGCAAGGGAAGGAAGGAGGAGUGA